UUGAUUUAUUUUAAAUAGCUACUAAUCAAUUUUUUGCCUCAUUAUCAAGCUAAGCUUUUGUUAUCUAUUCAAACACAUAAUAUACAAUAGCUUUGUAUGCUUUUGUUGAAUUGUUGGAUAAUAUAAUCUGACUAUGCAUUAUUAUAGCAGUAACUUGCUUUGUUUACAACAAAGUAAUGUCAACAUAUUCCGCUCAUGGAUCCUCCUUGACUAAUUUUAUGCGAACGGCCGAACGUGAUGAUGUGUUGUUGUAUGUUACUGCAGCAGUUGGUAUUUUAAUGCCUGGAUGUGUGUAUAUGUUUUAUCAGUAUGCCCACAAAUUAUACACUGGUUAUGUUGAGAAACGUGAAUCACAGAAACGAGAAGAAGAUUUAGAGAGGAUAAUGGUGACAAUAUUUUAUGCUGAGGGGCGAGGAAAUGCUGAAGCGCUGGCUUAUCAUAUUGGUGCACAUUUGGAGUACAAAGGAUUACCAGUGGUUAAUUUAGCUGAUAUUGAAACGGCGACUUUCAUGAAAUACAGGGGUAUUGGUUUAUUCCUGAUGGACUGUACAUUUGACGGAAAUGAGUUGGAAAGCACUGAAUGGUUUCUGGAAUUUCUGGAAGAUCUGGCUUUCAACCAGAAAGCGACUAAUUUACCAUGUCGACAAAUGCAUUUCGCUGUUCUCGGUAUUGGCGACCCACGUAGCGGUCACAAACAGUAUAACCGAGUAGCUAGAGCUUUGACAAGGCGAUUAAAUUCCAUUGGGGCUGUUGCUCUUUAUCCGUUAUGUUAUAUUUGCAGCCACUCGAAAGCAGGAUUAGAAAAGCAAGCAGCGGGUUGGGCAUCUUGCAUAGCGAAAGUGGUGGAUAAAUACACGACAAGAAUUACAAAAUGUUCACGAAGCUUCUGGUAUUACAAUAGUGAGAGUAGCAGUAAUAAAAGUGAUACGGAUGGCGAUGAGCAGGAAUUUCUUUCUGACCAUGUAGAUUACAUCCAUGAAUCAGAAAACGAUGCUGAUGGAGAUGACUGAAGAAUAUCUUCGAAGGAAAGUCCGGUAUAUUCACUGAUGAAUAUAGAAAUGUAACUGAAGACAAAAGAAAGGAUAUGACUGUUCCGUACGUGAAGGAUUAUUAAACCGUGAAAUGACCAA